GAAUAUGAGCGAGUGUGUCACACUACGAUUUCACUGAUUUUACUUCGCCGGUUCUUGUUCAACAGUUAGACUAAAUCUCGGAGUUUUCACUACUUGUAGGCCUCUAAACAGGAGGAAAAAACACACAUUAUGAAGUGCAUCUAUACUAUUUGUACUCUGGCUUUGGCCAGCAGUUUAGUUUUCGCGGAUAAAAAAGAGGAGAGAAAGGAACAGAGAGAAAAAGUAGGAACUGUGAUUGGAAUCGAUUUAGGAACAACAUAUUCAUGUGUUGGUGUGUUCAAGAAUGGUAGAGUGGAAAUUAUCGCAAACGACCAAGGAAACCGAAUUACUCCUUCAUACGUCGCUUUCACCGAGGAAGGAGAACGUCUGAUCGGUGAUGGAGCCAAGAAUCAGCUGACUACAAACCCAGAGAACACAGUGUUCGAUGCCAAGCGUCUAAUCGGAAGAUCCUGGGAUGAUACUUCAGUCCAAAACGACUUGAAAUUCUUCCCUUUUAAAGUGGUCGAUAAGAACAAGAAGCCCCAUGUCCAAGUCAAAGUCAAGGACGAAAUCAAGACCUUUGCUGCCGAGGAGAUCAGUGCAAUGGUUCUUACAAAAAUGAAGGAAACUGCUGAAGCAUAUCUUGGCAAGAAAGUCACCCAUGCCGUUGUCACUGUCCCCGCCUACUUCAAUGAUGCACAGCGUCAAGCCACCAAGGACGCAGGUGCCAUUGCCGGUCUUACUGUCAUGCGUAUCAUCAAUGAACCUACUGCUGCUGCUAUCGCCUAUGGCAUGGACAAGAAGGAGGGAGAGAAGAACAUCCUUGUCUUUGAUCUCGGUGGUGGUACCUUUGAUGUCUCCCUCUUAACGAUUGACAAUGGUGUCUUUGAGGUUGUUGCCACUAACGGAGAUACUCAUCUUGGUGGUGAGGACUUUGACCAGAAUGUCAUGGAACACUUCAUCAAGCUUUACAAGAAAAAGAAAGGCAAGAACAUCCGCAAGGAUAACCGUGCUGUGCAGAAACUCCGCCGUGAAGUAGAAAAAGCCAAGAGAGCUCUCAGUACACAGCACCAGGCCCGUGUUGAGAUUGAAUCAUUCUUUGAGGGAGAGGACUUCUCUGAGAUGCUCACUCGUGCUCGAUUUGAGGAACUCAAUGCUAAACUUUUCAAGUCCACCCUGAAGCCCGUCCAGAAAGUCCUUGAGGAUGCUGACCUGAAGAAAUCUGAAAUCCACGAGAUUGUUCUUGUCGGAGGCUCUACCCGUAUCCCCAAGGUUCAGCAACUUGUGAAGGACUUCUUUGAGGGUAAGGAGCCAAGCCGUGGAAUCAACCCUGAUGAGGCUGUUGCGUAUGGUGCUGCUGUACAGGCUGGUGUCCUAGGUGGUGAGGAAGACACUGGGGAGGUUGUCCUGCUCGAUGUCAACCCACUCACCCUGGGUAUUGAGACCGUCGGAGGUGUCAUGACAAAGCUGAUCUCCCGUAACACCGUCAUCCCCACCAAGAAGUCCCAAGUCUUCUCUACUGCUGCUGACAACCAGAACACUGUCACCAUCCAGGUGUUUGAGGGUGAACGGCCCAUGACCAAGGACAACCACCCUCUUGGGAAAUUCGACUUGAACGGUAUCCCCCCUGCUCCUCGCGGAGUCCCACAGAUUGAGGUAACAUUUGAGAUUGACGUCAAUGGUAUCCUGAGAGUCUCUGCUGAGGAUAAGGGCACUGGCAACAAAGAGAAAAUCACCAUCACCAACGACCAGAACCGUCUCACCCCAGAGGACAUCGAGCGCAUGGUCAAUGACGCCGAGAAGUUCGCCGAUGAGGACAAGAAGACCAAAGAGAAGGUUGAGGCCAGGAAUGAGCUGGAAAGCUAUGCUUACUCUCUAAAGAACCAGGUCGGCGACAAAGAGAAACUCGGUGGCAAACUAAGCGAGGACGAUAAGAAAACCAUCACUGAGGCUGUUGAAAAGGCCAUCAGCUGGAUGGACAAGAACCAAGAUGCCAGCGUGGAGGACUUCAAGAAGGAGAAGAAGGAAUUGGAAGAUGUUGUACAGCCCAUUGUUAGCAAGCUAUACCAGGGACAAGGCGGCCAGGGAGGAGAAGGCGGUGCUGGCGGGGCACCCCCUCCAGAGGAGGAAAAACCCACAGAGGACAAGGAUGAAUUGUAAUAUAUACAUAGAUAAAUGACAGAUUCAAGGGACUCGUCCCUUCCAUCAUCUCGGACGGGGCCACACCCAGACUCAGCGGCGUUCCGUGAACAAUACAAUCUGCAAUGCAGAAAUCAGCGAUGGACUGAUAAAGCAUGUGCUUGAAAAUAACGUCAUGUGUAUAUUGUCCCCAUAACAAAACGUUCUUCCCACACAUUUCUUUGUGGACUUGUAUUUCGUAAAAGAUUGUGUUGUUGUAAUUAGGAUAAAAUAUUUAUCUCGAUUCCACGCCUUUUGCGCAAAGAUCCAAUUUUCACUAAUAAAACAUUGAAAAAUUCUAAA